GUAUUUAAUGUUGCAGACAUUUUUGGAAGCUGCAUUCACAUUUUGGAAGUACAAGAAGACAAAAACUUGACUCCUUUGAAGGUACUGCACUUGGGAACUUUAGUUGAUAACAUAGAUGUGGACCAGGAAACUGGUGACCUGUGGGUUGGCUGUCAUCCCAAUGGCUGGAAAAUGUUUAAUUAUAAUCCUGACGUUCCACCUGGGUCUGAGGUUUUGCAGAUAAAGAACAUCCACUCAGAGAAGCCCAUGGUUUUUCAGGCAUAUGCAGAUAAUGGCAGUGUGAUUCAAGGAUCCUCAGUUGCUGCACCCUACAAAGGAAGGAAGCUCCUUAUCGGUACAAUCUUUCACAAAGCACUACUCUGUGAUUUAAACCCUCUGCAGUCUGACUAACUUCUAUACCAAAACGUCAGGAUUACCUAAAACAAACUUGGGUUGCACUUUAAAUACAUGCUUGGGUCUAAAGAAGCUCCUCAAUACCAGGAAGGAUUUCUCUUUUGCUGACAGUUCAUUUAACCAUAUUCACAAAGCUUUUAUAAAUAUUUAAAUCCUUACCUUCAUAGAGUUCUCCUUUUUUUAUUACAAGGCCCAUUUUUCAGUUUAAAAAUUAUGUACUUUAUUGAUCAAUAAUAACUUUAAGAUGAACAUAUUAAUUUUCAUAAAACAUUAUACAAACAGAACUGCUUGAAUACUUUCUAAUGCUGAUUGUGCUACGUUUCUUAUGUAAUUUAAUUAAAUUUCCAUAGUAUUCUAGAAAAUGAAAAGCCCUAAACUGGUGAACAUACUUAUCAAUAUUUUCCAGUGAAACACAUUUUUUCAGGAAAAAAAUACAAGUAAAGUUCUGAAAGUGUUUGCUUUAUUAAGUCAUUAGUAAUAGUGAAUUGAUGCUUACCUGGUAAACUACCCAUCCUCUUUAUUUAGUACUUAUCAGAACAGUCCUUCUAGGAUUGCAACCAUGGCCUAGUGGAUGAUCUAAUGACCUCCUGUGUCCAGUGAAGCUGUGGCUACCUAUAGCAAGUUAAUGGAAACAUAGUACCAGACAAAGAACAUUCCAAAAAUAACACUCCCAUGAUACUACUCAAUAAAUAUUCUUGAACUUCCUGGAGCAGAGAUACCAGCAGUCAUUGCUAGAGCCUGGCUUGAUGUUGGAUUGCUGGCUAGGUGACCCACAUAGCCUGGUUGGGAUCUAUCCAAACAAAAAGGCCAUGCUGUGGGUUCACCCAACAUAUGGAGAGGGGUGGGAUUCAGUUGUUAUACCAUUUGAGUAAGAAACAAAUGUGUUGGAAUAAAAUCCUGCAGCCACUGGGAAACCAGGUUUGAGUUUGAGCAUCCCAGAAUAAACUGUAGCCCACCUUGUGAUAUUCAAAUGGCAAGUUCCUGGUGAUAGAGGACUUUAGGAAAUGAUGAAAGGAUUGAAAACUUUAAAACCAAUUUCAGUUAAACACCUGUUAGCUGAUACCUAUGGACUGAUGCGUCAGUAAUGCAUUUAAUCGAUGUGGUUCAUCAUAUAGAAGUGAUCUUAAUGGAGAGCUGGACAUCUUCAGACAUGGUGGACACUGACAGUGGCCAAAGACUGUAGUUAGAUAUCCAAAGAAUGAUGCCAGGCAUUGAGCCUGGGUGAUCUCCAAAGAAAAGAAGUCAAACUGGGCUGCGUUCAUGACUAAAAUGAACUGACUGCAUGUCAACAGCGGGUUGAGGGGAGUGGUUGGGAUUAUGAAAGCAGUCAAGGAGGCACAUGUGCCAGAGAUUUCCAAAAGAAAGGAGGCAUGUUAUUGACUAGAAAAGUAAAAAAAAAAAA